ACACUUCUCUCCUCAGCGAUGGCUAUGCAGACAGCAGAGCUCCAGCCCUACAUCUCUAAAUGUGUGUCUCACACUUCCCGGUGCUGAGCUCUAAGGCUCCCAGUGACCUCUUGAUAAUCAGCCUUGGCUGGGUCCAAAUCCCCACCCCUUGGAAAAGUCACGGAGCCUGACGUCUGUCUGCCUGUGAGCCGCUUUCAGCAAAGACCUCACAAGCAGCUACUCAAUCUCUCUUGGUAGCAAGUUGCCAAACCAGGCCCGUUUCCUCAAAAGAUGGUAGAGGACUUAGCAGCUUCCUAUGUUACUCUGAAAUUGGAGAAUGAAAUUCUGCAGGCUCAAGUGAAAAGGCUCAUGGAAGAAAAUGCUGCCCUCCAGGCCCAGAUACCAGAGCUCCAGAAAUCCGGAGCAGUCAAAGAGCAUGAACCACUCCGAAAGCCCUCAGAGGCCCAAGAGCCCCCAGAGUCCCCAGAGUUCCCAGCAGCCAGGGAGUCACAGAACCCCUGGGAACCCCCAGCAACCACAGAGCCCGGGGAGCCCACAAAGAUCAGAGAGCCCAGGGAACCCUCAGCCAUCAGUGAGCUCAGGGAACCCCCAGAGAUCAAGGAGCCCCAGGAGCCCCCAGAGACCAAUGAGUCUGGAGAAUCCUCAGCCAUCACAGAGUUCAGGGGAUCCCCAGAGAUCAAGGAGCCCCAUUUGCCCCCAAAGUCCAAGGAGUACUGGGGACCUCAGGAGCUUCCAAUGGUCAAGGAAUCCUGGGAGCCCCCAGAGGCCCUGGAUUCCACAGCCUGGAAGCCACCAGCAGUCAAGGAAUCCCAGGAGAUCCAGAAGGCUCUGGAGUCCCCAGCAACCCAGAGGCCCCAGGCGUCCCCAAGGGGUUAUGAUCUCCCAGCAGUCUGUGAGGCGGAGCCCACAGACAACCAGGGUACCCCAGCCCUCAAGGAGCUUCAGAGUCCACAGCUCCACAACCCUACAAAUGAUGAGGAGUCUCAGACGGUUCCAGAAUACCAGGAGACCUCAUCACAGCUGGAGCCCCUUGAGCAUCCACCUCCCCAGGAGACUCUGGAGCCUCGGGUGCCCCAGGAGCCCCUGGACCCCUCAGAUGCCGAGGAGUUUCUAGAACUCUCAGUACCUGAAGAGUCCCUAGAGGGCCUGAUAGUUGCGAGAACAGGAACAGAACAGGCCCAGUGUGAAUUAGAGGCUACAACUUUGCCCCUAGAGUACCCUUUGGCCUUCAGUGAGGAUUUUCAGAAACUCUCUGAGUUUUUAGUUCAGUUGACCAGUUACCUGAGAAGCAGAGGGUAUCCCACUGAAGCGGCUCUAGUGAGCUUUGUUGGCAGCUUCUUCUCAGGUGAGGCGGGAAGGAUGUUCCAGCCCUUAUUAGAUAGCCAACCCCCCCUGGUGGAGCAAUUUGAAAGGCUCCUGCGAGCGCUCCAAGAUACUUUUGACAAUCCAGAAAGCUUGGAAGUUGCUAACCAGGGCCUCCCUCAACUUCGCCAAGGGGAAGGCCUUGCUCCCAGGUACUCAACCCGCUUCCAUCUCAUUGCGCAAGAGUUAGAUUUGGGUGAAAGCACGCUCUGCAUCCAAUUUCAAGAAGAGCUUGCCAGUUCUAUUCAAAAUGAACUGUCUUGCACAAGUCCAGCCACCAACCUAUCUGAUGUGAUCAUUGAGUGUGUCACCCUAGAAGAGAAGGCAAGUGGCGGGGUUGAUUCCAGUUCAUCAUCGUCUGAAGAGGAAAAUGGGUCCGAGGGUCCUCCCACUGAAAACCAACCUGUUCAAGCUACAAGUAAUCGCCCCCACCUCAGCGAGGCUGAACGGGCAAGACGCCGCGAAGGCCACUUGUGCCUCUACUGUGGCCAUCCAGGUCAUUUUGCCAGAGACUGCCCUGUCAAGCCUCAUCGUGUCCAGCAGGCGGGAAACAUGGAGGCCCGGCGGUAAGGGGGAUCCCGGGCGGGCCAAUCUACAAAUACGCGUCCCCCUCUCUUCCCAUAUCUAUGUCCCGUACCCUGUGGCUAACUGUCGAGAUUAGGCUUGGAAGACGGCAAUUCUUUGAGCAAGCAAUGGUGGAUUCAGGCUCCUACAGAAACAGCAUCGACCGCUCUGUGGUUCUUCGAGAGAAGAUACCAAUCCGCAAUAAUAUCUUCCCUCUUAUGCUUGAAACGGUCGAUGGGCGUCCGCUGAUUAAUGGACCCAUUACCAAAGAAACCCCACCUGUUGAAGUAAAAAUUGGAAACCACGUUGAAGAGCUCCAGUUUGACAUUAUUCAUGCACCACGCUACCCUCUGAUUCUUGGAAUCCAUUGGCUUGAGACCCAUGACCCAAACAUCGAAUGGAGUACCCGAACUGUGUCAUUUCCAUCGCAUUACUGUCAUUACAAUUGCUUCAGGCACAGGUGGAAUCGAAGACGGCGUGAUGAAAUAAUUGCUGGUUAGAUGGUGGGUCCUAGUGACUUCUGGCCAUCUGUCUUCUGUUACCUCAGCUGUCAUCAGCAUUUGCUGCUCUCUGAAUCUUUCACUGAACCUCUGGCUAUGAACGAAGGCUACCUGUACAACGACGCUGCCUCUUGGAUGAUGGACUGAACCUGACGACUUUGAGCUGCUUUUCCUCACCAACCUUGCAUGCCUCCCUCUUUGAGCCCUGCAUUAUGUAGGGCUGUUUUUUUUUAAUCGCAAUUCUCACUAACGAUAUGCAUGCGAAUAGAUAUUAGAAACUAAUACUGAAAACUGUAGUUGUUAGACCGAUUUUGUUACUUUCUAGUCAAAAUUACCACAUAUUUUCUGGUUUUUUUUUUCAAUAAAAGCAAUUUUCAAGUGUAUUUUUCAGUAAUCAAUAAACAAUGGGAAGUGUUA